AGCAUCUUUCCUUCCUAACCAGAUCGGCUGAGGGAUCUAGCAUCUUUCUUUCCUCACAACAUCUCCUCUCCUCUCUCAGAGCAAAGAAGAAAUCCUCUCGCCCGUCGUCGGUCCAUCUUCCAUUCGUCCGUUUAGCUUCCAGAAAUGGCACAGAUCAGCUUCGUGAGGGCUUUUGUUGCGGCUUUGGUGAUGGCGCUUUUCUAGUAGGUUAAGUGUAUAUAUAUCUUCCCCAUGUUUGAGGCAGAAUUGAUCGAUCCUGCUGUCAAGGGGACUCUUAAUGUUCUUAAAUCAUGCACAAAAGUUCCUUCCAUCAAGAGAUUAGUUGUGACAUCUUCAAUAGCUGUAGUUUCAUUCAAUGGAAAACCAUUGACUCCUGAUGUUGUGGUGGAUGAGACUUGGUAUUCCGAUCCAGCUUUCUGUGAGAACUCCAAGCUUUGGUAUAUGCUUUCAAAGACAUUAGCUGAGGCGGCUGCUUGGAAGUUUGCGAAGGAGAACAGGCUUGAUUUGGUUACAAUAAAUCCAGGAUAUGUGAUUGGUCCUAUUCUACAGCCAACCCUUAAUCUCACCGUGAAGCUCAUAUUGAACAUCGUCACAGGACGGGAACUCCCACUAGUUGGUGUAUUUGUGGAUGUUCGAGAUGUUGCACAUGCUCAUGUUCAAGCAUUUGAGAUUCCUUCAGCUACUGGCAGAUAUUGCAUGGUUGAAAGCAGUGUAGACGUUUCUCAGUUGUGGAAGAUCUUGCAUCAACUUUUCCCUGAGUUCCACCUCAAUGAAAAAUUUGAGGAUAAGCCUAUUCAAAAAGUGUUUCAAAUAUCCAAAGAGAAAAUUAAGAGCUUGGGUGUCAACUUCAUUCCUUUGGAGGUAAGUCUCAAGAACACUGUUGAAUGCUUGAAGGAUAAGGGUUUCAUUAGCUUUUGAAUCUCAAUCAUUGACUUUACCCUUUUUCCCCCCUUCAUUCAGUUUUUAUUAGUUUUUCUUAGUUUUUCAAUAAAAAUCAUGUGGCUGUACCAAGAAAAUGGAUAUUAUUCUCAAAUAAACCAAAGAGAGAUUCCAUUGCUAUUUCUAAGGCAUUUGUUUCUCUA